CCAAAAAUUAGAGCCAAAUGGCAGCGGUGCUCGGUCGUCUAUGGGACGCCGCCGUGACUCUAUUAGCGGCGCAGAGCCAAUCACAACGCAACACCAGCAGCGUGGAGAGAGCGGUCGAGGUCGGUGGGCCAACGUACGCCAAUGUGCGCGGAGUACCAUGCGUUCUGCCCCUUGUGACGCACGAGUUCGCUAACUCGUACUGGCAUCCAGCCGUCGAGAAAUUCAAUGCUCCACCAUGCGACGAAGACUACUCCGUCGUUUAUCUCAAGUGGGUGGCCAGUUGUGAUGCUGGGGUGCAAUACGACCGCAUUGCUGCUGUCUGGGUGAACGGGGUGGAGCUGCUACGGACGUCGACAGCUGAGCCAUCACGAGAUUUACGAGUGAACUGGGAAGUAGUGAAAGAUAUAUCAUUGUAUGGAGAUAUCUUCAGGACCGGGGGGACCGUGGUGGUCGCUCUGGAUAACAUCGUGAACACCAUGUACACCAGCACCUUCAAAGUGAGCUUAUCGCUCGAGUUUUAUCGUCCUCUUGACUUGGGUAAGGAGGUCAAGCGACCGGAUCAAAUUGUACCGGUUUCGAGCAGCACCAAGUCGUAUGGAUGGUUUUCAGAGAAACCUUCAGCAACUAAAGCAGGACCACCACAUCGUAUGGUGAAGUUGCCGGGUAAUACUGAAGAGCUGUAUCUCGAACUCUUCCUAUCGCAUCACCAAUGUGACGAGUUCUAUUACUCCAAUCCACCGGACCAAUUCGCAACGGCAUUUGCAGAAAACUUUGCGAAACGUAGCAACUUUAGUCGGGAGGAUAUUGAUGAGAUAACCAGCGCCAAAUGCGGCGCUGAUGGUGCUUUUCGGGAGGUUCAAGUGCUUGUUGAUGAUCAAGUGGUAGGAGUGGUCUGGCCGUUCCCAUUGGUGUUUACUGGAGGACUGAGUCCGUAUCUGUGGAAGCCGAUCGUUGGCAUUGGCGCAUUUGAUGCACCCACGUACAUUUUGAACCUUACUCCGUUCCUCGGAAAGUUUCUCGGUAGCAAAUCUCAUGCUGUCGCGUUCCGUGUGGUUUACGGCGAGGCUUUCUGGCUGAUCGAUGGCAAUUUAUUAGUUUUUCAAGACCCCGAAGCUGUACGUCCAACACGAGUAGAAAUACUUCAGGAGCGCCUGGAUCGAUACGUUGAACCCGCUAUGGUCACGCUGCCUGGAGCUGGAAAUGGCAACGUCACGAACCUGAACAGCGCAUUUUGGACCUCCGUUGCUCGUGAUUUGUUUGUGAAGACCAGUGUGACCACUUCGACUGGUAGGAAGGUGUACACCCUGCAGCAGCAUUUCGACUUUACCAACACGCAGAUGUAUUCGUCUGAUGGUUUGGACCAAUGGUUCGAGAGCCGUACUCACGUGGAAACGAAGAUGUCUGUCACCUCACUUCAACCAACUUUCGAGUCUGACAAAACGGGUAAGAUACAAACUGUAGACGUCUCGCAGAUGCAAGAUUACCCUCUUGCCGGGAGUGUGAGCUAUCGCAUUGGCAAAAAUGGCUCGUUCGUACUUGUGACGCAAUUUGCAAACUCCUUCACGAGGUCAACUACCGUGGAAGGCAACGGUAUUGGUUUUAGAUUUGAUUAUAAACCGCAUGACGUUCACUCCGCACUGACUGCAUCCGCCGUGCUAGAUUCGCGGCAUGGUGGUGGAAAUGGUUCGACACGAGCAACGUAUGCGUCGGCAUCUCCGGCUGAGGGGUGCUUUUCCCGGGUCGUCACUGCGGAAUGCGGGCGCUUGAUUGUCGACAACAGCACCACUGAAUGUCACGCGUACGAGUGAGUGAAUGUCGUUGAAAUUCAGUAAAUAACAAGGCGAAAAUGCUGUACCUGGGCAACAAACGGUAUGUGUGGAUUUCUUAUAAGCAAACAUCGCGUUUAGCUAUUCUGUCCACGAGACACGCAAUGCACUGGCAAGACUAUCACUCCAGUAUUCUCAAGUACAUUUUUUUUUCGCGCCUCGUAGUGACACGAGAAGUAACAAACGGGUGGAUUUUUAGCCCGAUGCAUACCUUCCUUACACACGCAUCUGCACAUUACUUUGCAAGCGAACGCUACCAAAGAAUACCCUCAACUCCGCCAGCUACUUAUUCCCCAUUGCGAAAUGCUGCCACCGCCUCGCGCAUCGAGUCUCGGUAACCGUAUGUCAACACGAUAUUAUCGUCAGGAUCAAACAACGCGUUGCUGGUUGGUGUCGACAGACACGCCUCACGUCCGUCGCCUUCAUUGUCAAAAGUCUGAAAACGAAUCGUUCCUGGCUUCUCCGCUAAUACGACAAGGACCCAGCAGCCAUUCCUGCUGUUAUCGGGGCUCUGACGAAAGACUGACUUGAUCGAGUUGGCGACAGGAACUCCGACAGCACUAACGACUGCACCAGCAAUAGCUCCCGUUGAGGCCACCGCAGUCCCGCUUAUCACGGCUGUAACAACAGGUACGGCUGUCAUCAUCGUGUAACCUAAAUAUCCAACACCGGCCAAAGCCCCUCCACUAACAAGCAUGGGGCCCGCAGUCGUCGCCAACCCAGCGGCGCCAAUACUCUGUAGCGUCGCCACUAGACCGCCUGCAGCGACACCUCCACCAUUCGCAAUGGCGGAUGAAGACAUCAUUCCUGCCGCGGUGGAUCCGGCUGCAAUGCCACUCGAAGUGAAGCCCAAUGCGCCGAUAGAAGCCGUUAUUCCUCCCCAGAGAGCCGAACCAAUUCCCGCCCCGGCGACAAUAGGGGCAACGGAUACCGUGGCAACAGUGGUAGCGGCCGUCGUGAGUCCUGCAGCGGCAGCAGCCCCAUAUGCCACAGCGCCUCCAGCCACGGCGCCAACUGCACCGCGCUUCACAGUUCCACCCAACGUCUCUUUGGUCUCGUCGCUCGGCAUGAUGGAGGCAGUGCAGUAGGCGGGCGUUCACUGUAGAGCAAGUACGCGAAUGGGGCCGUUGGCGGCCAAAUUGGCCAGCUCGAAUCUGAUGUUCUCAUAUCCUACUCGAGAAACUCGAAUCAAGAUACCGCACCAUCCUCCAAUGUCCCUCAUCCUCACCCGGUCCCGGAACUCCCGGUGAUCGUGGGCCGCAGAUAGUACGCACGAGUCUCAGCAAUACAAGUGAAGCAAACACGUAGCAACUACCGCUAAACAAUCAUAUACUAUGUCGUCGAUAUACAAUGUCGUAUUAGCUCUG